CGGAUCACGGCCUCCUUUGCCUUCCAGUCAUUCCUUAUACAGCGCUUACUCGCGUUGACAACACUCUCUUGAACCAACUUACCUUACAAUCAUUCCAAGGCAACUAAGGAGUAUUCUGGGAAUACGACAGCCAGUGUUUUUCAUCAACAAAAGCAGAAUCUGUUUCAGUCAACAACUACAACAAAACUAUCAAAAUGAAGGUUUCUUCCUCCGUCGUUAUCCUGGCUGCCGCCCUCGGCGUCUCUGCCCACCCCUCCGGCCACGCUCACCAGCGCGCCCACGGCCGUCGUGACUUUGUCGUCGCCAACAAGCCCGUCACCGUCACCCAGUACGCCACCCAGGUCGUCAGCCAGGCUGCCCCUACCGCUCCCGCCGAGGUCAACUACGAGGCCCCCGCCUCAAGCAAGGAGGCUGCUGCUCCCGCUACCUCCUCCGCUGCUGAGACCGGCUCCGACUCUGACUCUGGUGCUGGCUACAAGGAGUUCUGCGGCGGCAAGAAGUCCAAGCGCGCCACCGUCGAGCAGAUCGCCUACAAGGGCAACACCGGUACCUCUGACGACUACGGCUGCAACAUCAUGGCCGUCGACGCCUCCGUUGCCGACAAGUACAAGUACACCACCACCUUCAAGAACGCUGGCUCCAAGACCCAGGAGUGCGUCUGCUUCAACAAGAUCGGCCCCGAUGGUGGCAUCAACGGUUUCUGGAAGGGCAACCAGGCCAUCACCUUCAGCCUCCCCGGCAAGGGCUCCAAGGUCAUCGCCUUUGACGAGAACUCCCAGGGUGGCUGCGCUUGCGGUGUCGGUGAGGUUCCCACCACCGCCAUCGGCCAGUUCGCCUCCACCUGGCUCGAGUUCGACUUUGGCAACGACUCCAACAAGAAGUGGUCCGGUGCUGAUGCUUCCUGCCUCGUCUCCGCUGCCGAGAACCUCGACAUUCCCGGUCUCCAGGUCUGCGGCCACGGCACCUGCUCCACCAUCUACCCUGGUGGCACUGGUGAGAACGCCUACCUCGGUGGCAUGGAGGAUCUUGACGGCAUUGGCCUCAACCUCCCCGCCGGCAAGGCCCGCCUUACUGUCACCGUCGACUAUUCUAAGUAAGCUCUUCCUUGAGAAGAUGCUUGUUUCUGAAUCGUUUCAAUUUUUGGCAUAGAGCUGGGGUACACUUGUCUUUCCAUCAAUACCUGGUGUUAACGGUUGCGCUACUGUGUCUUUGGAUGACUUUAACUAGUCGAUAUUAGAGAGAGGCGGACGUCAUCAAUUGGGCCGCUCCCAAAGGUCACCUGGAUACUGGAUUUGGGAUCUUGUUUAUUAAAACCUUCUACAUUAUAUAUUCAUAGUGCUUAUGAUAUAUAUGCUUCGAUUCUCAUGUG